AUGAAAAAGUCCUACAAAAUAAUAUUCCUAGGAAACACUUCAGUUGGAAAAACAAUGCUGAUUUAUAGAUACAUUUCGGAUGGAUUUGCAUUUCCAGAGCCAACAAUUGGAAUCGACUUCUUCAGCAACACGUUGGACGUGAAUGGGCAGAAUGUGAAGUUGCAACUAUGGGACACUGCUGGACAGGAGAGGUACAAGAGUAUCAUCACACCGUACAUUCGUGACUCUUUUCUGGCUGUCGUGGUCUACGCCGUGAAUAACAGGAACUCAUUUAACCAGCUGAAAUACUGGAUUGAACUGUUUCAGAGCAAAAGCAACAAUAAAAAGGCAAGGAUUGUGAUUGUAGCAAACAAGAAGGAUUUGUGGACCAAUGUGGAGAUAAAGACGAAUGACGAGCCGUCUGGCAGCAGAAAAGGGAAGAACAAGGCACCUGAUUCAAACUACGUUUUGGAUUCAGAGGGAAGGGAGUUUGCAGCAAAGCACAAUGCUAAAUUCUGUACGUCUUCAGCACUAGAAAAGGCUGAAAUUGUAGAUUUGUCUCAGGAAAUCAAGAGUGCAAUAGCAGAUGACCUGGAACACCCUCAGGACCCAGAUGAUGCUGCAUCUAACGUAAAUAUGCUUCAAGCCAAAAGAAACAACCGUGGUUGCUGUUAG